CACGAUUGCCUCCAUGCCUGAUGGUCAAUCUCACCAAUGCUGCGAGUGCGAGGGCGAUCUGAGUAGACAACAUGAUCUUGAAAGGCAUAGGCUAGCCAAACAUGCAUCCGAGACGGAAAGGCUGUCGAAGUCUUACUUUUGCCGGUGCGGGACCAGCAGUGUGCAGAAGUCGAAUGUCAUGAGCCAUAUUCGUAGCGCCCAUACUGGAGAAACACUCCACUGUGGAACUUGUGGGUUCGCAGCUCCCAGCGACGCGACCCUGACGCGACAUCGACAUGAGACCGGUCACAAGCGCAACCCUCGCAAGAGGAAACGGAAGAGCAAGAAAGUAUCUACCACCCCUGCUUCUUCGUCUUCGCCCACCCCGGAGAUUCACACUACCGCCGAUUUCAUCGCCUUCUAUGGCGAUGUGCCAUUGACCUACACGCAAUACACUUUGUAUCAGUCCUUGGUGCACCGUACCGAGAAACAAGCCCCCCCCUCGCCUCCAAGCACUCCGGCCACGUCUACACCUGCUGCUGAUCUAGCCACACCUACCUCUGCGAUGUCUACGCCUGCGACGCCGAUCCUAGCACCGAGGCUUCUGCCUGCACCCAUCCCAGAAGCACCUGCUCCAGCCGUGGAUCGUGCUGCCUCAUCCUCUCCCCCUCCGGAAUGCUUCCUCGUCAUCCCCGAAGACUACCGUCUCCCUCCCAUCAACAUCGAUCGCCGUGAUCACCACUCAACCGCCCCCCUCACAGCCCCCGUAAUGCAUCCAAGACUCUUCUCCUCAUACUAUCAUCGUUAUGGGCCGUAUUGAUGAACUGAAUCAUUAUCCGCAGUUUUUUUUUGUAAAAAAAUGUUUUCUUGCUGUGUAUUCCCUUUCCAUAUUUAUUUGCUAUGCCCUCGCUAUCGCUCUCACACUGUUACUGUAUACCGUUAUUAUCGCUUUUUCUGCAUUGCUCUUUGACUUGUUGCCUUGUUAUGUGAAAUGUACACCAGUAUUGCCUAGCGUGUUACGUUCUUUUGUAUCCUU